UCUCUCUUUCUCUUGCACGAAAGAGAGAGAGCAAAAAAUACAAAACGAGAAACAAAAAGAAAAAAACAAGGAGAAUUCCAUCUAUCCCUGUUAAUUUCAGAAGGCAAAAUGUUUGAUGGUCUGUUUAAACCCAAAUUCUAUACGAAAUGCAAGUACUUGGUCAAGAUAACGAAAACAAGAGUGGAGACGGUGAAGAGAAAGAAAAGCUCUGUUUGCAAAUAUUUGAAGAAGGACAUUGUCGAUCUUCUCAACAACAGCCUCGAUUACAAUGCAUACGGCAGGGCAGAAGGGCUUAUUGAGGAGAAAAGGAGGUUGUCCUGUUAUGAGUUGUUGGAGCAAUUCUGCAUCUGUGUUGCAUCCAACGUAUCGCUCUUACAAAAAUCCAGUAAAUGCCCUGAGGAGUGUUGCGAGGCCAUCUCAUCCCUUGUAUAUGCGGCCGCUAGAGUCUCUGAAGUGCCUGAGCUUCGCGAUCUCAGGUCUUUGUUUGCUGACAGAUACGGGACUAACUCACUUGAACAGUUUGUGAACCCUGAGUUUGUGGAGAGAUUCAAAGCGGAGCCCCCCUCUAAGGAAAUGAAGGUAAAGCUGCUCCAGGAGAUUGCCAUAGAGUACUCCAUCAAAUGGGACGCCAAGUCUUUAGAACAGAGGCUCUACACACCACCUCCUGAUGAAGAGCCUCAAAAAACAAAAACAAAGCAAAAUACUCCUGGAAAGACGAGGGAAAACAGAAGCAGCCUUUCGUUUCAUGGCAGAAAAGACUCUUUGGAUAGCAAGUCCAUGAGUAGAAGAAGCGAAGACGACUCCAUGGGUACAAGCGAGAGUUGUGUCUCUGGCCCUGACGAGGAGGAAGAGAAGGAGGAUGAUCCAGAAAACAAACCUUUCUACUACAGAUUCAUCAUGCCUGCGUCUUACAACAAUAAACCCAAAAUCGAGAAACAGGAAAGCCUUCCAGAGAAAAUGACCAAGUCUGAUCUCUUGCCCGACGACACUGACUCUCCUAUUGCGGGGAGACCAAAGCCGAGAUCAGUGAGAAGAAGAUUGGCGAACCCGCCUCCCCCAGAAGCGCUUGGUGAAGAUUCGGCGAGCAGUGGUAGUAGUAAGAACAUGAGGUCAGAGUCGAUGGAGAAAGCUAGCGGAGAGGGGUUAAGGAGGAUGAGUCGUCGAACAGCAUCGUGGCAGGCUAAUCCCUCCAACAACGUCCCAGAUUUUGAUGAGGUCGCGGCUCGCGUAGAUGCUCUCACACGAAACUGAUCUUCUUCUUCUUCAGUAAUUGGUAGUGAUGCAUGCAUGCGUGAUGCGUCCAUUGUGAUUAGAGAUAUUGAAAUUGUCGUCUGUGAAUGAAUUAAUGAAUUACAUUAUUCUUUGUUAACCUACAAGACAAGCCGCCAUGUUAAUCCCAAAGUGUGUGAAGUGCGAUGAUGCAAAACCUUAGCUUUUUUUUUUUUCUUGUUAUUUGAACCUUUUCGUUUACAAACUUGUAAAACCUUAUACAUAUUUUUAUUAGUGAAUUUGUUAUUGCUGUU